ACACAGUAAGAUAUUCCAAGUCUCAAUAUUAGCAUCAAAUUCUACUACAGUUAAUUCUGAAAUCGGGUCGCAGACCAAUCGUAAGGUGUGCGGUCGCCUUUAAACACCAUCUGGACAUUUCCUGACGGCACUUGUCAUCUGUACAGUUAAUGAUUUUCAGUGUUGACCCCCGACCCGCCCACUGAACAUAAAUGAGAAUAGAUAGAUACCUCGGUAAAAUCAAGGUUUUGCAUGCUAUACAGCAUACAGAGUUUCUGUCAUAUUUCAUUGGAAUGUUGACUGUGUUUACUUAGUUUACCGCCAAACCUGGAUAUAGUGAUUUUAAUUAUUCAAAUAUGCUGAAUAUUUUAUUCAAGGUAUAAGGAUAUAUAAGCGAUAUCAGCCAUAAAAUUGAUCAGAGUCCGUGACGAAAACUAGGUUUAGGUGCAUUUUCAUUGCUUCCCCAAAGCUUUCCCAAAAUGCCAGACAUUUUGUCGGCAUAUAGCCUGAAACGGCUUCCUGGUCUCUGAACAAUAGGCCUAGCAAAAAGUAAUAGCAGGAAUAAGCGAAAUAUCUUCGACACGAGAGAACAAAAGAUGUACAACACACAUGUCUUGAUCAUUGCAUAACAAUCUUUUUUUUUUUUAUUGCAAUGUAGGCCGUCUACUGUGGGACACUGCACUAUAUUCAAUUUUAUAACGGAAUGAGAUUUAAUGACAACACGUUCGCAGACACGUUUUGCAGACCAGCUUCGGCUGGUCUCUGUUCUGCAAAGUUUACAUAGGUGUCCGAUUCGGUGUUGAUUGUAAUCAUCGUUGUGUACUGUCCGAGCUACGUAUUUCUUCAGUGUCCUUUAGCUUUGCAAACACACCAAGCUUAUAAAGUCAGCACUGUAAGAUACAUAUGUCACAUAACCUGACAGCUCAGUGUAGGCCUUGCGUCGGAGGCUGAAACAAAAAAGGGACAAUUCUUGCCUAUCUCGUUUGUUUCCACUUCACGUCUUUAUAGUGUAGUUCCAGGAUCUGCAAUAAACCUAGGCCAAGAAGAUGGAGAAUCCAGUAAAAUUUGACCCGAUGUCAUUCGAAGAUGAGGCUGUCUUGCAUAAGAACUGGCAGAGUAUUGAGGAGGUCCGGAGUUCGAAUCCCAUCAGAGGUGUUACAGCGACAUGCAAAGGGGCUGACAAAGUUGUUGAAGUAGAAUGGGCUUCAGGAGAAAGCCAGAUAUACCCCUGCAUUUGGCUCCGAGACCAUUGUCGUUGUAAACUCUGCUUUCACGCAUUUCACCAAACUCGACUUACAGAUUUUAUGGAGCAAGAUCUCGACAUCGGCGUCAAGAAGGCCACUGUGAACGAUGACGACCAGACAAUUGACAUCACGUGGUCUGAUGACCACCAGAGCUCAUAUCCUUCCAACUGGCUGUUAUGUAACCGCUUCGAUCAAACGGAUGCGGAUCCUAUUAGGGGUAUCGAAUCUGAGUACUGGGAUGCAAGUACAUUGAAGACAAACCUCAUGCGCCCCUUUAAAUUCGAAGAUAUUAUUAACUCAGAUCAGGUAUUGUACGACAUGCAAAUGCAUCUGAAGAGUGUAGGUCUGGUUUUCAUACAAGACACACCCACUGAUAAAGGUCACGUGAUGGAUCUGAGCGAACGAAUUGGCUACAUCUGUGGGACGUCAUACACCAAGACGACAUCACAAAUCUACGGUAAGAGCGAAUGGGCUUUCGGCCAUCCUUCAUAUGGAUUGGAAUUCCGACCGCUGCACUCAGAUUUUUCCUUUAUUGAUGAUCCACAAGGGGUUGUAGCUGUGCAAUGUGUUACUCAGAUCGAUGGAGAGGGUGGUGGCUAUUUCUUUGUAGAUGGUUACAAGGCGGCUGAAGAUAUCAGGAAAUCAGAUCCCAAGGCGUUUCACCUUCUCACUAAACCCUGCUGGGAGGGACGUGUUAAAGGCUGGGUUGUCAGUGACAAGCAUUACCACCACAGCGUCAGUGCACCUAUCAAACUCAACGAUGAAGGUGAGGUUACAAAGCUGACACUCUGUGAUUUCUGGAGGACGUCUGUCAUGAGACUUCCGGUCGAACAAGUAGGGGAUGCGUACCGGGCGUUGAGGGCGCUGUAUGAUACUUUAUACCGCAAGGAUCAUGUAUACACUCACAAUCUCAAGCCAGGUGACAUGUUCCUAAUACACAACCAUAGGGUGCUUCAUGGCAGAGAGGAAUACCAUAACACGAAGCCCUCUACAGUUCAUCUGGAGACAGGUUACUUCAACUGGGACAGCUUCGAUACCCGGAUGCGAAAAGUGAAAAUGAAUUUGGAUAAUAAAAAGAAAGAGAAAAGUAUACAAUCAAUUCGUAAGCCGAAUGGCGAACAGAACAAUGGCCUUCCAAGAUAACCGAUUAUUUUAUAUAAACAAAAUAUGAAAUGUGGUUUCAAAAUAUUUAUUGAACUGUACACGGCAUAAUCGCAUCUCUACUUAUAAUGUGAUAUGAAUUUGUUUAUUCAUCACCACUCAAUAUACAUAUCGAAAUAUAUACCGAUUUUAUCACACUAUGAGAGCAGAUACCGCCCAAUGAACAAUACAAAAAAAGUUUAUGAAAAUUAUAGACGAUGUCUUUAAGUCAACCAACAGUCAUUAAACUAGUUAGUAGCUCUGGCAAGCUCGCUGAAACCGACAUGCAUCAACACAUUGAGUGGUAGAACGAGUUUAGGGAAAUAAAAAGUGUAUUGGGCAAGGAUGACGAGAGAAUCUCGGAUUUACUGAAUAAUCAUGAUAAUUGAGCGCGAAAUGCAAGCUUCAUUAGGUCGACUGUAGUAAUUACCUUAUAUGGACCCAUGUUGGGGUCAUGGAGAACAGAAAACGGCCCUCAUCAAUAUGAAUAGAUAUCUUAAUGUUAAUGCUAACCUUUGUUCCUUUAGAAGUACAUUUACUAACUCGGAUAAUGCUUGAUGUAUUAUUGGUAUUUUUAUUUUCGAUGCUACAACAUUAGAUAACAUAACAGGUACUUAUAUAGCGCUUUACCAAAAAUAUGAUCAAAGCGCUUUACAAUGAAUACCUAAUAAUACCAAUAAUGGAAAUUACAUCAAACAGCACUUAAAAAAUAUCUAUCUACGGGGACUGGUGCCUGAUCUUAAUGCCCUGUUCACCCGCAGUUUAAGGAACUUGCCCAGAAACAUUGCAUCUGUCUUUAUGCUCUCUUUCUACACUUUAUUUUAUUUUAUUUUAUUUUUUUUUUUGGGGGGGGCCAUUUAUCAAAUUUUUGAGAGAGUGGGGCACGAUCCUCAUUAUUUGAGUACAGCUCAAUAUUGAUAAAUCUUUGAAAUUGUAAUUAGUGUACUUUGUCAUGUUUAUGCAUGGAGAUGAAUAAAUGUAGGUUUUUGUUGAAAAGA